AUGAAGCACUUUCUCGCCCCAAUCGCCCUGCUUGCUGCUCGUGCAACAAUCCCAGCCACUGAUGUUGGUGAUGAUCCCAAGGGCUGCGCCGAAGGCCUCUACAUUAUCAGCGCUCGUGGAACUGGUGAGCAGCAAGGUAUUGGCGUUGCUGGUACCUUGAUUGGAAAGAAAGUCGCCGCCCAAAUCAACGGCAGCAAGGUUGUCGCCCUCCAAUAUCCGGCCACCCUCGCGGACCCCUCAUACCCUCUUUCUGUCGGCAAUGGCACCAAGAACAUGACUGAGCUCCUCGAGGACUACCACAAAAGCUGCCCCAAGGGCAAGGUUGCCAUCAUUGGAUACUCCCAGGGUGCCCAAGUCUCGCUGGACACGAUUUGCGGAACCGAUGAGGAUGGUUUCGAAACCACUUCCGGCGUCUCUUCCAGCGCUAUGGACAAUGUUGUCGCGGUUGCCCUGUUUGGUGACCCAACUCACGUUCCCAACGUCCCUUACGACCGAGGAACCAGCAAAGAAGAUGGUCUCUUCCCUCGCAAGAACAGCGACAAGUGCAAGAAAUACGCCAACAAGAUUGCCUCGUGGUGUGACACGGGCGAUGUCUACUGCGACACUGGAGAAGACAGGGCCGUCCACGGCCAAUACUUCUCCAAGUAUGGCAACCAAAUCAUUCAAUUCAUUGUUGACCAGUACAACGGCAAGAGUGGCGGCAACUCUACCAGCACACCUACCGGAACCUCUGCUCCCACUGGCACCGCCGCACCCACUGGCGGAAACUCGACUAUCACCACAGCCAAGCCCACCGGUUCUGGAUCCCCCACUGCAUCGGGCGGCGCUGCUACCUCAACGACUGCUACUCCCGGAGCUGCUUCAGGAAUGAGGGUGGGCCGAAAGGGACUGUACCUUGCUUUGCCGAUUGCCGUCGUUGCCCUGGUCCAGGGACUGUAA